GGAAUGGUGGUCCUAUGGUUAACAGCUAUAAUAAAAGAAGCAAGGCCACAUCGUUGCAAAUUAGACUCAGGAAACUGUCAAAAACCAGACAUUGGCCAACUUGCACUUCUACUUUCAUCAUUUGCAUUAAUGGCCAUAGGAGCUGGUGGAAUUAGGCCAUGUUCAUUAGCCUUUGGUGCUGACCAAGUUGACAAUCCUGAGAAUCCCAAUAAUGGACGAAUCUUGCAAAGUUUCUUCAAUUGGUAUUAUGCAUCAGUGUGCAUAUCAGUAUUGAUUGCAGUGACAGUUAUAGUGUAUAUUCAGACACAAUUUGGUUGGGUGGUGGGUUUUGGAGUACCUGCAGGUCUUAUGUUGUUAGCAACAAUUUUUUUCCUUUUGGGUUUUGGACUUUUUAUUAAGAUGAAGGCAAAAAAGAGUUUGAUUCCUGGUUUGGCUCAAGUUGUUGCUAUGGCUUGGAAAAACAAACACCUCUCUCUGCCUCCUGUGGAUUCAAAUGGGUGGUAUCAUCGUGAGAAGGAUUCAACAUUUACUUUUCCAACACAUAAACUAAGGUUUCUAAAUAAGGCAUGUAUCAUUAGAAACCCUGAGAAAGAUUUGAAUCCAAAUGGAACAGCUUCAGAUCAAUGGAAUCUUUGUACAGUUCAACAAGUAGAAGAAUUAAAAGCCUUAAUCAAAGUAAUACCAAUGUGGUCUACAGGAAUUAUGAUAGCAGUAACACUAAGUCAACAUGCAUUUCCAGUAUUACAAGCAAAUACAAUGGACAGACAUUUGAAUAGUCACUUUGAAAUUCCAGCAGCUUCUUAUGGUUUAUUUGCGAUUAUUACAUUGACAAUAUGGAUAGCCAUUUAUGACCGAAUCCUCGUCCCCUGGAUGUCAAAAUUCACCAAAAAACCUCGCAGAUUGACUUUCAAGCAACGUAUAGGGAUCGGGUUGUUGUUUUCUUGUGCAGCACAAGCGGUAGCAGCAUUAGUUGAAAGAGAAAGACGAGCACGAGCACAUAGUGAAGGACUAGAGAAAAAUCCGUUUUCACAAGUGAAUAUGUCAGCAUUUUGGUUAGUGCCACAACAUUGUUUAACUGGUCUAGCUGAGGCAUUCAACGCGAUUGGACAAAUAGAAUUUUACUAUUCACAAUUUCCUAAGAGUAUGGCUAGUAUUGGUGUUGCACUAUUUUCACUAGGAUUGGGAUUUGGAAAUUUGGUUGGAAGUCUAAUUGUGGAAAUUGUUGAUCAUGUUUCAAGUAAAGGAGGGAAAGUGAGUUGGGUAUCAAAUAACUUGAAUUUAGGUCAUUAUGAUUAUUACUAUUGGGUUCUUUGCUUGUUGAGUGUUGGAAAUUUGUUCUACUUCAUUGUGUGUGCUUGGGCUUAUGGAUCUGAUGAAGAUACAAGAAUUUGGGAGGAAGAUCAAGCUGAAAAGAAAGGAGAAAUUGUCAUGUUAUAG